AUGACAUCUCAGGUUAAUGCUUCGAUUACCGAUACGGCCGCCCUUUUUGAUGUUAAGGGCUUGGUGGCUGUUGUGACUGGAGGCGCGACAGGCAUUGGGUUGAUGAUGGCUACCACGCUUGAAUGCAAGGGCGCCAUCGUCUACAUUGUGGGUAGAAGGAAGGAGGCACUGGACAAGGCCGUCAGGGAGCGCAGCCGACAUGGGAAUUUAAUCGCUCUGCAGGGGGACAUCACCGACCGCGACGCUUUGCGCGCGCUCGCGGCAGAGAUCAAGUCGCGUCACGGGUAUAUCAACCUGCUCGUCAACAACGCAGGGGUGAUACUUGGACCGCAGCCGAAACUCCCCACUCCCGCAGAAGUAGACAUCACCGCAUACCAGGAACUCCUGUGGAAUGCGGAGAAUUUUGACACAUUCGGGCAGACAUUCCGCGUCAAUGUCUCCGCGGCGUGGUUCUGCACCGUCGCGUUCCUUGAGCUGUUGCAUGCGGGCAACAUGUCGGAGUGGACCCGUGCGACAGGCACGACAAGUCAGGUACUCACUACCUCCAGCAUUGGCGGAUUCCGGAGAGACUCCGCCGUUUUCAGCAUAUCGUACACACUCAGCAAAGGGGCUGCAACACAGUUGGGCAGGAUGAUAGGGCAUUAUUUGAAGGAUUGGAAGAUCCGAAGCAAUGUCAUCGCUCCUGGGAUAUUCCCGUCCGAAAUGGCGGACGGUAUGAUCUCUGACACAUUGAUAAAAUCUACGGUACCUGCGCAGAGAGUGGGGGGUAUAGACGACAUGGGUGGCUUAUUACUGUUUCUAGCGAGCAGGGCGGGUGCCUAUGUGGACGGAGGCAUUCAUGUCAUCGACGGGGGAAGGCUUAUCAAUCUUCCUGCUCUCUGGUAA